CUGUUCACAGAAGGGAAGAGUUAAGAAUAGUCAAAAAUAUCUCAUCGUCUUUAAUUGGUACAUUUCCAAAAAUUCAAUUCUCAGUCAAACAAAUCUCUCAAAAACACCACGAGAUUUCCAUCCCUUUGCCUUAAAUCUCAAUUACGCGUCUUUUCAAUCGUACUUGUUUUUUGGUCAAUGUUACAUUUUUAAUUGCCAUAUUAUAUUCUGUUCAGCCUACUCUGCACUGUAACAACUACCCUGACUCAGUCCAUCUUUUCUUCUUCUGAUUACUACACAAACUUUUCUUUGGUUUUUCUUCAAUCUUCUGCAGUUCGUACCCUGAAUUCAGCCUACUCUGUUUAGCAGUUCUUUGUUAGGUAUAUAAAUUGGGUUAUUGUUUGAGAUAAAAUUUAAGUCUUGGAAGAAUAAUGGGAGGUGUUUGUUCUGGUGGAACACAAGAGCGGAAUAUAAAGCUUGAAAACAAGACUACUACAGGAUUUUCGGGGAAGCUCAAGUCAAAAAAGUGCUUUACUAAGCAAAAAGGAAAUUCCAAUUCACAUUCCUAUGCCAAUGCCAAUGACGAUGAUCUCGAGAGAGAGCGGCAAAGGCACGAUUCUGGAGACUUCGGGUUGCAAUUUUCCCGGGAACUGAAGCCAUCAACAUCCGCCAGGACAUCAGCUUCUAAGGUUUCCCACAGGAGCUCAUUUCUAGGAAGAGCUGGCAUUAUAGGACUAGAGAGGGCAGUCGAUGUUCUAGAUGCACUUGGAAGUAGCGUGUCAAAUUUGAAUGCCGGAAGUGGCUUUCUUCCUGGCCUGGUUUCUGGAGGGAAUCGAAUAUCUAUAUUGGCAUUCGAAGUGGCUAAUACAAUAGCUAAAGGAGCAAAUCUGCUGCAGUCACUUUCAGAAGAAAACAUCAAAUUCAUAAAAAACGAUGUCUUACAUUCAGAAGGAGUACAAAAGCUAGUUUCUACAAACAUGAGGGAGUUGCUAAGUCUUGCUGCGGCUGACAAGAGGGAUGAAUUGGAUACUUUUUCGCGUGAAGUAAUUAGGUUCGGUGAUCUGUGUAAAGAUCCACAAUGGCACAACCUUGGUCGAUACUUUUCAAAACUAGAUACAGACAAUUUUCAUAAACAAGCUGGAGCUGAGGCAGAAAUGAUGAUGCAAGAACUAACUACUCUUGCUCAACAUACCUCUGAAUUGUACCAUGAAUUGAACGCACUGGACAGAUUUGAUCAAGACUAUAGGCGAAAGCUGGAAGAAGCGGAGUCCUUAAAUCUCCCUAAAAGAGGAGAGAAUCUCAUGAUUUUACAAAAUGAGCUAAAACAACAAAGAAAGCUUGUAAGGAGUCUGACAAAGAAAUCUCUUUGGUCUAGAACUUUGGGAGAGAUCGUGGAGAAGCUUGUUGAGAUUGUCACUUACAUGCAUCAAGCAAUAUUUGAAUCCUUUGGAGACUCAGCAUCAGUCAAAAAGGAGAUUACUGAAAAUCCUAAAAAACUAGGUGUUGCUGGACUUUCAUUACACUAUGCUAAUGUAAUUCAUCAGAUUGACAACAUUGCAGCUCGCCCAGCUUCACUUCCACCUAAUAUCAGGGACACAUUGUAUCAUGGAUUGCCACCUACUGUUAAGAAAGAUUUAAGGUCCCGAUUACAGUCCAUUGACACCAACGAAGAGCUCUCAAUCUCACAGGUCAAGGAUGAGAUGGAAAAGACACUACGAUGGCUUGUUCCUGUUGCCACUAACACAACCAAAGCACAUCAAGGUUUUGGAUGGGUUGGAGAAUGGGCAAACGCUAGCAACGAAUUUGGAAGAAAUGCAGCCACAAAUAUCACCCUCACACGCCUUCAGACACUUUAUCAUGCAGAUAAACAGAAGACAGAUGCAUACAUCCUUGAAGUAGUGGCAUGGCUUCACCAUUUGAUCUGUUUAAUAAAACAAAGAGAUCAUGGCUUCAAGCCUCGGCCAGUUCGAUCUCCUACUUGUAAGGGUUUGGUUUUUCACUCUAAGAUGCAGCGAUUUCUAUCCGUCAACGUUGGGCCUAAAGCCCACAGGAUUGAACUUUCUCAAGAAGACAGAAACUUACUCAACAAGGUGACUGCGAGGAGAUUGAUUCCAGGAAUUAGCAAAAGUCAGGAACUUCCUUUAGGCAAAAACGAAAGGAUCAAGAUUUGGGCAUUAAGGAGUGCCGGGAACUCUCCUGAUAGGAGUUUUAGGGCAAGAAAGAGUCUAAAGCAUCCACAAACGAAUAUAUUGGAUGUCAUGGAUGGUUUAGAUCUCACAAUUUGAGUCACAUUCAAAAUUUCACCCUAUCCUUUGUCUAACUUUUAAGAUCCAUUUCAUGCCUCUAGAUCUCGUUCUUUUCAUUCUAUUGUAUAUGUUUUCCUAUGAGAUUUAUUCUAUCGUGUACAUAAGUCCUUUGAUAUGGUGGUAAUUUUAUUGAAAUGAUGUUCGAAUUAUUUGUGAGUUCUUGGCUAUAGGUGGGAGGUGACCCAUUGUUGAUAUAUACUCUGGAGAACUGCAGUUUUGGCACAUUGCUUCUUGAU